AAGUUGAACAGAAAAGAGAAGAAAAGAAAAGAAAAGAAAGAGCAGAAGGGUAGGGGUAGUUGAAAAGUUUGAAAGGGGUAAGACUUGCUACAGAGAAGCAUAUGCAAAAUCACAAUCUUACAAGGAAGGUGUCCUUAAGUAAGUUAUUAUAAGCCGUCAAUCUGAAAUCCAAAGCAUCUUAUAUUGUCUCCGAUUAUUUUGGUCGUGUGUCUGAAUUCCUCAUAUUCUUCCUUUUUCGUCAGCGCUAGGGUUUCGUCUCUCUCAAAAGAUCUAAGCAGAGGAAAAUUUCAUUGUUGAGGAAGUGUGUGCAUUAGGAAAUUUUUUGAUAAUGAGCAACUCUUGGGCAGAUUCAGUUGAGAAUAAUGUAGCUACUGAUAAUGUUGGGCCUAGUGGUGCUUCUGCUUCUACAAGGAGAUCAUCUUAUGUCCCACCACAUCUUCGCAACAAACCAAUAGCAGCAGAACCUCCUCUAGCUCCAUCGCAGGGUGGCCCACCUUCUGGAGGUUUUAAUGGACCAACUAGAUGGGGUGGUUCUUACGGACGCCAAGGUGGAGGCGGCGGCCGCGGAGGUGGUUGGGGUGGCAGAGGGGGUGGUUGGGGUAGAGACCGGGAAGUUAACCCUUUCGGUAAUGAUGCAGAUGUGGUCUUGGAGCAAUCAUUUGAUCAGGAGAAUACUGGUAUCAAUUUUGACGCUUAUGAGGAUAUUCCAGUGGAAACAAGUGGAGAAAAUGUGCCACCUCCUGUUAAUACAUUUGCAGACAUAGAUUUAGGGGAUGCUGUUAACUUGAAUAUUAGGAGGUGCAAGUAUGUUAAGCCCACUCCUGUCCAGCGAUAUGCAAUUCCUAUCUCCAUAGCAGGACGAGAUCUCAUGGCCUGUGCCCAGACUGGAUCCGGCAAGACUGCUGCCUUUUGUUUCCCAAUUAUUAGUGGAAUCAUGAGGGGGAAUUUUCCUCAACGGCCUCGUGGAGUCCGCACAGUUUUUCCCCUUGCUCUUAUUCUGUCUCCAACAAGAGAGCUCUCAAUGCAGAUACACGAGGAAGCUAAAAAGUUUUCUUAUCAGACUGGUGUUCGGGUGGUAGUGGCCUACGGUGGAGCCCCGAUUAAUCAACAGCUCCGAGAGCUUGAGAGAGGAGUUGAUAUUCUUGUGGCAACUCCUGGUAGACUGGUUGAUUUACUUGAGAGAGCAAAAGUUUCAUUACAGAUGAUUAGGUAUUUAGCUCUCGAUGAGGCAGAUCGUAUGCUGGACAUGGGAUUCGAGCCUCAAAUCAGAAGGAUAGUGGAGCAAAUGGAUAUGCCUCCACCUGGUAAAAGACAGACUAUGUUGUUCAGUGCCACAUUCCCAAAAGAGAUUCAGAGACUGGCAUCUGAUUUUCUUGCAAACUACAUAUUUUUGGCAGUUGGACGAGUUGGUUCUAGUACUGAUUUGAUUGUUCAGCGAGUUGAAUUUGUUCAUGAUGGUGACAAGAGAAGCCAUCUUAUGGACCUACUUCAUGCACAGAUGGCUAAUGGGGUACACAGCAAGCAAUCUCUAACUUUGGUAUUUGUCGAAACAAAGAAGGGUGCUGAUGCAUUGGAGCAUUGGCUGUGUAUUAAUGGGUUUCCUGCAACUGCCAUUCAUGGUGAUAGGACUCAGCAGGAAAGGGAGCAAGCGUUGAGAACAUUCAAGAGAGGAGAUACCCCAAUAUUAGUAGCGACAGAUGUGGCUGCUCGAGGCCUUGAUAUCCCUCAUGUUUCUCAUGUUAUCAACUUUGACCUUCCUAAUGACAUUGAUGAUUAUGUGCACCGGAUAGGCAGGACAGGUCGUGCAGGCAAGUCAGGAUUAGCAACUGCUUUCUUUAAUGACGGCAAUCUUUCGAUGGCCAAACCGCUAGCUGACUUGAUGCAAGAAGCUAAUCAGGAGGUACCUGAAUGGUUGACUCGUUAUGCGAGCCGUUCAUACGGAGGUAGAAACAGGCGGGCUGGCGGAGGCCGUUUUGGCGGGCGUGACUUCAGGAGGGAUUCCUCAUACAAUCGAAGUGGAGGUGGUGGUGUGAAUUACUAUGAUGGAGGUAAUAGUAGUAGUGGUGGUUAUGGCAAUUAUAGUGGGGGAUAUGGUCCUGGAGUAACUAGUGCUUGGGAUUAGCUUCUCAAACUUGUGAUACCUAUACUUUCCUGCAGUUGUAUUUACUCAUCAACAUAUUUGGAUUAUGAUAUUUUUCAGUGCGAAACAGGGUUGAGUUCUUGUUUUAUGGUCCUACAGGGGAAAACUGCAAGAUUGUUAUGGUAGUUAGAUUGGCAAUUGGAGAUAGCAGCUUUUGUCCAACAGUUCAAUGAUGCCUUUGUUUAAUAUAAAUUAUUUCCCUGA